CGUCAGUCGGCCGGACCGCGGACCUGUCUGCAUGUAGUCGGGCUCGCUCGCCCCCGGGAGCCACGGCCUCAUCGGCGGUAGCACCAGCGACGGAGAACACCAUCGGCGGGUCUUCGCGGCGCCCAGUCCUCGCGGCGCCCGCCCCGCUCGCCCUCGGAAUCGGCCCUACCCGCCGCCGGCGGAGGCGUGAGGAGACGACGGACGAGCGCCGCGAGCAGCGUUAGCCGCCGCAGCCUCCCGUCCUCCCACCGCCUCCCCCUCUGCCUCCCCCUCGCUUCCCUCCUCCCACUUCCCGAGCUCCGCCGCGUCCCGGCCACGCUCGGGGCUCCUGCUGGAACAAAAGAAGGCCCCCGCCGCGGCGGCAGCGCCAGCGCCACCCCCGCCCGCGGCUCCUACCCGCUCCCGGCCCGCGGCAGCGGCUCCAGGGCGCCCGGCUCGCCCGUCUCAGGCUUCGGCCCGGGCCCACUGCGCCGGCGUCGCGCGCAGGCCCGGCUCCUGCCUCCUGCUCGCGCAGGCAGAAAAAUAUGGCUCAGGAGACUAACCAGACCCCAGGGCCCAUGCUGUGUAGUACAGGAUGUGGCUUUUAUGGGAAUCCUAGGACAAAUGGAAUGUGUUCUGUUUGCUACAAAGAGCAUCUUCAGAGGCAGCAGAAUAGUGGCAGAAUGAGCCCAAUGGGGACAGCUAGUGGUUCCAACAGUCCUACCUCAGAUUCUGCAUCUGUGCAAAGAGCAGACACUAGUUUAAACAACUGUGAAGGUGCUGCUGGCAGCACAUCUGAAAAAUCAAGAAAUGUGCCUGUGGCUGCCUUGCCUGUAACUCAGCAAAUGACAGAAAUGAGCAUUUCAAGAGAGGACAAAAUAACUACCCCGAAAACAGAGGUGUCAGAGCCAGUUGUUACUCAGCCCAGUUCAUCAGUUUCUCAACCUAGUACUUCUCAAAGUGAAGAAAAAGCUCCUGAGUUACCCAAACCAAAGAAGAAUAGAUGUUUCAUGUGCAGAAAGAAAGUUGGCCUUACAGGGUUUGACUGCCGAUGUGGAAAUUUGUUUUGUGGACUUCACCGUUACUCUGACAAGCACAACUGUCCGUAUGAUUACAAAGCAGAAGCUGCAGCAAAAAUCAGAAAAGAGAAUCCAGUUGUUGUGGCUGAAAAAAUCCAGAGAAUAUAAAUUACUACUUGUGAAGAGACUGAAACUUUGUUUUUAUUUUAAUAUAUCGUAGGAAAACAUUAAAGAGCAGAUGCAUGGCCAUUUUCCUUUGAUGUUCUCCAGAGUUUUACUUUAUACUACUUGUCUGUCUUAUAAUUGAUAUUUUAGGAUGUUUGGGUGUUUGUUACAGGCAGAAUUGGAUAGAUACAGCCCUCCAAAAUGUAUAUGCCCUCCCUUGAAUAAAAUUGGAUGGAAAUCUGCAUAUCAAAUUGAAUUUCACAGAUAACAGGGACAAAAUUUAGCUCCCACGUGCCAAACAAAACAUGAAAUCUCUGCAUGUUUGCAGCAUAUCUGCCUCUUGGGAAUGUAUCAAGGUAUAAUCUUUGGCUAGUGUUAUGUGCCUGUAUUUUUCUAAAAAAAAUGGUACACCAGAAAAGGACUGGCAGUCUACUUCUACCAUAGUUAAACUUCACUGUUAAUUUUCACAACAUGUUCUUUGGAAGCAGGAAGAAGGUGAUAAAAGAGGAUCAGAACUUUCCAUGAAACCAGUAUUUGAUGCCAUAUAUAAGCAUGGCUAAUUGGCCUAAAAGCUGGCAAAGACAUUCUGUGAAAGGUAAACAUUGCAACUGGUUAUGAGUAAAACCAUCAAGCAACAGGGUCUGGAGCUAUCUUUGAAGCUUAUUGUUGACCUGCACCAGAAGAUGUCUGCAUUACUUACUCAUAGCUAAAAAUGUGUAGCACAGAACUGCACUAGGAUUAAUUUGUUUACAAGAAGAAAUUAAAACUCUGCAUUUGGUUUUCACAUACAGCAGCUCUGUUGAGUAACAUGCAUCUGAAUUUUAAGUUGCAAAGGUAUCUGAACAGUUAAUUUUUCAUGUGCAUCUUUUGUUGAAUGUUUUGGUUGAAGAAAGAAUGUUUAGAGCUUUUUUAAAAGACUUCAGUUAAUGUAACUGUACCCUUCUGCAUGGAAAAUCAUAACCAACAUGGCUGCAGUAGACUUCUUAGUGGUAUCCAGCACCACUUGCAGAGGGCUGCUUUAUCAUAUUAAUUGUACUUGGGUAUAGGACUAGUGUUCUUGGGUGUGUUGCAUGGGCUGCAUUAUUUACAGCAUUGUACAAUAACAACUAGAAGAGGCAGUAUACUUCAUUGAUGCUUGUCUGGUAAUAUCACUUCUGUGUUAUAAUGGAAGGUUUUCUGUGAUAUAUGAAACUUGUGUUUUUUAUAUAUAAAUGAGUAUAGUUAGAUUAGUGUUGUGGUAAUGCCUGUUUUCAUCUGUAAAUAGUUAAGUAUGUACACGAGGCACUACUUCUGAUUUAUUGCAGUGUUCAGUCUUAGUUUUACUUUUGUUCUUAAAGCACUCAAUUUUGCUUUCAAAUCUUUGUACCUUAGUUCUGAGUUAGAUUUGCAGAUGUGUACAGAUAGUUCAUAUUUAUGUAUUGCACAUAAUCAUGCUACCCAGCAUUGAUGCUAUAUUGUAUUAUGUAAAUAAUAAAAGCCAUGUACAGAGGGAAACUUCCACUUGUUCAUUGGGUUUUUAAGCCAUAGUUAGAAAUCCUAUAGGGGGGGUGAUUAGAAAAUGUUUCAAAUUCAACUUUUUAGUUGUAUAUGUAGACUUCAUGGCUGUUGUAAGUUUCUUUUUUUCAUUGCCUUCUCAACAUGUUCAGGUGAAAACCAUGAGAUGAGUUUUGUAAAAUUAAAAGUAUGGUACAUAAUAGGCAACAACUGUUUUUGAAGAAAUGAUUAGGCUAUUUUAGGAUCUUAAAAGUCUUAGCACUUAAGAAAAAGGAAUGAAAUUUGAACAAUUAUGGUCUGUUACCCUCCCCCCUUUUUUCUUUAUUUUAUAGAUAACACUUUAGGCAUGACAAUUUGUACAAAAACAGGUAUAGUUUUGUUUUACUUGUUUUGGGGUAUGGUUCUAAUGUAGAGAUGGAUCCAUGAGUUUGCUCUUUGAAGGUGUCAUAAGAGAUAAUAAGACAGUUACAUAUUCUAACUUUGCCCAGGGGGUAACUGAAGCCAAGGACAACCAUGGCUUUUCAGUAAUGGAGUUUGAAAUAGAAAUUCUUAUCCUGGCUCACUGUUACUUGUCACAGUUCUUUGGGUGUAAAUACUUUUGAAAAUAGAAGCCUAUGACAGAUAAGGAUAGUAUCUCCUGAAAUAUGAAGGAUACUGAAGAAUCACAGUUGAGUGACAAUUAAGGUUUAAAAAUACGACUUCCCCCUCUCACUGCUACCUCUUGUCAACAUUUACUUAAGAUUUUGAUAUCGAUGUGGUAUGUGGGGGAUAAAGAAGACAUGGGAAGGUGAUUGACUUUUGGACUUCAUUGGUCUAUAAAGGUCAUUGAAUAAAUGUUUGCAAAAUCAUUUUUUAUAAGAAACAUUGAGGACAGAUUUGAUCUUACAGGAUUUAAUUUGUCAGAAGCAUCAAUUGGGGGAAAGGAAACCCAAGUGUGUAAGGCAGCUAGGAAGAUUCAAUUCUAUGUAAACUUGUAUUCAAAUUUGAAUGUUUCUUAAGCAAGCCUAAAAAGGGGAUUUAACUUUGGAAUGUACACUGAGAUACUAAGCAUUUUAAGUGUUACUGUAUUUCUCAAAGAUAGCUGCAUAACCUUCAAAAAUGCUAGGACAAACCAUGACAUGAAUUAGCUAUAUGAUCUUGGGCUAUGCCUUUUGUCAAAUCUAUUCUGUAGGGGGCUUUAAUCUGUAAAAAUAGCCCUUGGUUUUCGGAUUUGAGGUGGGCUUCCCAUAGUGAAUCAAUUUGGAAAGAACUCAAGUAGUGUGUGGUUAAGAGGGUGAUGAAUCCUGGAACUAGUUUUUUCAUCUGUAAAUAAGGAUGGUAACUGCCUGGCAUAUAGUAAAUAUUCCCUAUUAAAUUUGUGACGAGUUUUUUUAGAGCAGUUCUAGGUUCACAGUAAAUUUGGUAGGAAAGUGAAGAGAUUAACCUUCUCCCUUCCACACAUGUAUAGCCCCCCCCAUUUAACAUCUCCCACAGGAGUGGUACAUUUGCUAAAACCGAUGAACCUACAUUGACUCAUAAUCACUCACAGUCCAUUGUUUACAAGUUCACUGUUGUUGUACAUUCUGUGGACCAGUGUAUAAUGAGUGAUAUGUACCUAUUGUAUUAGUAUUUUCACUCCCCAUAGAAUCCACUGCUGCCUACACCCUACCCCAAUCCCUGGCAAUUAUUUUUAUUGUCCAUAUUCUGCCUUUUCCAAAAUGUCAUGGUUGGAAUCAUAUAGUAUGUAACCUUUUCAGAUUGGGGUUUUUUUUCUUUUUUUAGUAAAAUGCACAGGUUUCUUUCAUGUUUUUAUGGUUGGAUGGCUUAUUUCUCUUAGUGCUGAAUAAUCUAUUGUCUGGUUGUGCCAUAGUUUAUCCUACUGAUGCACAUCUUGGUUGCUUUCAGAUUUUGGCAAUUAUGAAUAAAGUUGCUGUUAACAUUGGUGUGUAA